AUGGAACAAAAAGCAUUUAAUGUUGCAGGUAAAGUUACAACACUUUCAGAAGGAGAAUUCCCAAUUAAAUAUAAAGGAAUUUAUAUGACACCAGAAGAAUCUAGACUUAAUUUUGCUAAGAAAGGAUGGAAAACAAUUGCUGCACUUCAAUUAAGAAAUCCAAUGCAUAGAUCACAUGAAUUUCUUGCUAAAAUUGCAGUUGAAGUUUGUGAUGGAGUUUUUAUUCAUUCACUUGUAGGAAAUCUUAAACCAGGAGAUAUUCCAGCUGAAGUAAGAGUUAAAUGUAUUGAUGCACUUGUUGAUAAAUAUUUUGUUAAAAAGAAUGUCCUUCAAGGAGGAUAUCCACUUGAUAUGAGAUAUGGAGGACCAAGAGAAGCUCUUCUUCAUGCUACAUUUAGACAAAAUUAUGGAUGUACACAUAUGAUUAUUGGAAGAGAUCAUGCUGGUGUUGGUGAUUAUUAUGGACCAUUUGAUGCACAAAAAAUCUUUGAUAAAAUCCCUUAUAAUGCUGAUCCUAAGAAGAGACUCUUAACUCAACCUAUGAAAAUAGAUUGGACAUUCUAUUGUCAUAAAUGUGAUGGAAUGGCUUCAUUAAGAACUUGUCCUCAUACUAAGAAAGAUAGAGUUAUUGUUUCAGGAACUAUGGUUAGAAAGAUGUUAUCAGAAGGAAAAACUCUUCCAGAUCAUUUUGGACGUGCUGAAUCACUUAAGAUUUUAGCAGAUUAUUAUCAACAUCUUGAUAAAUCAAAGAAGGUUACUAUCAAGUUACAAAAGUUUGCUACUGGUGAUGCCAUGAAAUAA